CCGGCCGGGGGGGGACGCGCUCCGCAUCCCGCCCUUUGCCGGCAGAGGGAGCCCCGGGCCCGGCCGGGCUGCAGCUCCUCCGCCCCGACCCCGGCCCCGGGGCAGCCCCUCCUUGGCCGGAGACGGAGCUGUGGCUGGGGGCGCCGGGGCUCCGCUCCUGCCCCCGGCCCGUGCACGUCUCUGGGCCCAGUGCUGCCCGCCUGCCUGCCAUCAGGCAUAAUGAGGCAUGAAGUCAACUGAUUCAGUAAUGCUUGAACUCCCAGGCAGCUGGCUUUGAAGUUCAGGUGGAGCAGGAAUCAGAGGGGGUUGCAGCUGCACUACUGCACCCCCCUAGAUCCCCCCUGACCACAGGCAUUAUAAGCCCUGGGGCCUCUAAAGCAGACUGGUUUGCUUCUGAGGGGGAUUCUUCCGUGACCACUUGGAUUUCAGGGAAAUCAGCCACACAAUACCUAGUGACUCUAGGCCCUGUACCUGCCAUGCAAAGAGGUUGUGGGAUACAGUGGAGGUGUGACUGCAUCCCCAUCCCUAGAGCAUCCUAAGGAGAGAGGUUGGGGUGUGCGCUGUGCUGUGCCUCUUUCACUUAGGUUGCACAUUUGCAUGCAUGGAUAUCAUGUGUCCCUCCCGCCCUCCCCAGGGCUGGUCCUGUGCCUGGAAAGCUGUUGGCUGGGCUGGAGGAGAUUAGAGGCUGUGCACUGGGGUGGUGGAGAAACCUGAAAGAAAUGGCUCAGCAUGUGGGGUUCCCCAAGUCUCUUGUAGAGGAAACCACACAAUGGCCCAGAACUGUUUACCCCCAAAAUGGUCUUCAGGGACCCUUUCAAUUAGUCUGGUUUAUUUAAGGGUACCUGCCUGUCCAGCAUGUCACUGUGGAAACUCUGGGAUUGUCUUAUCCUGGGACCUGGAUUUCCAGAUCACAUGGCAUCUUAGGAACUCCCAUCUGAAUAGGGAGGUCCCAUUGGGCUCAGAUCAUCAGUGCUCAGAGGGAAGGGAGAUCUUGAGAUACAUAUGCACCAGUGAGGAUUCGGAUUAUGGGUUCAGAAACCAUCAGGGCCCUGUAUGCCCCUCACCCAGUUUCUGCUUCAUCCCACCCAGAUCUCAGUUGCCUCCGUUCUGGUUUCCCAUGACAGAUAUCCCUCAAGGAUUCACCCCUCACCCUUUCUGCCAAAGCCAUUAAACACGAACUGAGGGUCCCUCUGGCCAUGGGUUUGGAGGCAGCACAGAAUGUCUCCUCUCCUCUCCUCUGAAAAAGAGACCUAAAAGGAUUCAGCUUCACAUUUUCAGAGUCUGAGACUUUUAUUUUUAUUUCCUUUUCACAUUUUUCUUCCAGCCCAAGAAAUGCCUCAUGUCUGCCUUUUCUCUCCUCCUUUCUGUCUUUCUCUUUCUAAUGAAGCAGACGAUGGGUCCCUGAGGGAGAACAAGGCACAAAAUCCCCAGCUGCCUUGCACAGGGCAGGCAGAACUCCAUGGGGCAGACAUGGAAGGAGAUGAAGGAGAUGUUCCCCAGCAUCCCAAGCCAGGAGAAGUCCAUGAUAGUCACUGCAGGCCAAGGAGGCAGCAGAAAAAUUUUCCACGUGGGAAAUGUGUUGAAUCCAGUCCUGGCUUCAGGGAUGGCAGUGGAGUUACAGUCCACUCCAGACUCUGCAGUAAAGAGAAACCCUGGGAAUGUGUUAAGUGUGCCAGAAUAUUUCAGGGCAGCUCAAAACUUCCUGCACUUCAGAACGGUGUCAGCUCUAGCUCAGAUCUAUUAAACCUGCAGAGCAUCCACUCAGGAGAGAGAGCCCACGUGUGCCCUGACUGUGGGAAAAGCUUCAAGCAGAAGCGUAGCCUUUUUCAACACCACACCAUCCACACAGGACAGAAACCCUACAUGUGCCCUGACUGUGGGCAGAGUUUCCGCCUGAAAUGUUCCCUUAUUCAUCAUCAAAGUCUUCACCCAGGAGAAAGUCCUUAUGACUGCCCUGUGUCUGUAAAAGCUGACAAGUCACAGUCCAGUCUUACUCUGCAUCAGAGCAUUGGUGCAAGGGAGAAACCCCACAUGUGCCCUGACUGUGGGAGGAGGUUCAGAUGGAGAAGUAACCUUAUUGGACAUCAGAGUGUCCACACAGGAGAGAAACCCUAUGCCUGCCCUGAUUGUGGAAAAAGCUUUGUUCAAAAGAAGAAACUUAUUCAACAUCAGAGAAUCCACAAGAAAAUGAAGAGUCCCCAGGAACAAGAAAGAGAAAUGACUGCAUUGGCAUUGGCUCAGGGAUCGGUGACCUUCAAGGAGGUGGCUGUGUACUUCACUGAAGGGCAGUGGGCUUUGCUGGGCCCCAGCCAGAGAGCUCUCUACAGGGAUGUCAUGCUGGAGAAUUUCAAGAUGGUAGGCUCACUGGCUGGAUAUCCCAUUCCCAAACCCAGUGUGAUCUCUCAGCUGGAACAGGGGGAAGAUCCCUGGGUCCCAGAUCAUCAGGUCUUGGAGAGAAUGAAGAUCCUCAGAGACAUGCACACAGAUGGAGCUAUGAGGGAGAACAAACUGGAGAAUGACCAGCAGCCCAGCCCACAGGAGGCACAAUUCCCUCUGACAGCCCCGGGAAGAACUGAAGGGUUUGUUACUCAGCAUCUUGAGCAGCAAGAUGCCCAUGAGAGUCAGUGCUGGCCAAAGGGACAGCAGGGAAAGCUGCCUGAGAGGAGAAAGGGAAAAUCUACUCCCCAGGGGCUUGACUUGGGGGACCUGAGUGUAGCCAUGGUCCAGGCGCAGACCUGCAGCCAAGAGAAACCCUGGGAAUGUGUUGACUGUGGCAGAACUUUCCAAUUCAGGUCAAAGCUUUCUGCCCAUCAGAGCAUCCACACAGGAGAGAAAUUCCAUGCAUGCCCCGACUGUGGCAAAAGCUUUAGGUUACGACACUAUCUUACCCUGCAUCAGAGAAUCCACACAGGUGAGAAACCCUACACAUGCCCUGAGUGCAAGAAAAGCUUCAGGUUGCGAUAUGAUCUUACUCGACAUCAGAGCGUCCACACAGGGGAGAAACCCCAUGUGUGCCCUGACUGUGGGAGGAACUUCAGAUUGCGACAGGAACUUACUGAACAUCAGAGCAUCCACACAGGGGAGAAAUGCUUCCUGUGCCGUGUGUGCGGGGAGAGUUUCCGCUUGAAACGCAUGCUUAUCCAGCACGAGGGGAUCCACACGGGAGAGAAACCUUUCACAUGCCCCAAAUGCAAAAAAUGCUUCAGGUUGCGACAGGAUCUUAAUAAGCAUCAGAUCGUCCACACAGGAGAGAAGCCCUACCUGUGCGCAGACUGUGGAAAAAGCUUCAGUCAGAGGAAUAGCCUCAUUAAACAUCAGAGCAUCCACACAGGCAAUGGGACAGUGAGUGAGAAUGAAGAGGGGGAUUUCCAGCUCUCCUGGCCUGAGCGAGCAGCAGCAGGUGGGGGCAUCACUGGGAAGAGUGGAAAGGGAUGUUUCCCAGAGUCCUGGGCAGAGACAAGCCUGUGAGAGUUGGGGCCAAUCAGAGAGGCAGCAGGGGAAGUGCCCCCAAAGAAGACAGGGUAGAUCCAGUCCCUGAGAAGGAGGCCUGGAGAAUUAUAAUGAGAUUGCAGUGCAGCCAUGAAUCUUCAGUGAAGAGAGACUGGAUGAGUGUGGAGGAGAAGCUGCCAGUACAGGUCUAGUUUCAUACAUGUUAUGUAACACAUGGGUGAGAAACACCCCUGUGCCCCCUCUGGAGACAUGGUGUUUCUAAAUGUCUUGUGAUACACAUCAGUGAGAGCCUCCCCCUCCCCCCCCCAUCCCAUAAAUGUGAGAAAAAGUU